AUGGCCACCAAAACAAGAGCUCAGAAUAGGAAAUCCAAACCACCCUCUACCCCACCACCAACCAAAAAGAGUACCACUGUCCCAAGAUCUACCCCACCAUCAACCAAACAGAUUACCUCUAUCUCAAUCACUACCCCACCACCAUUGCUUUCACCAGCCACUGUCACUGACCCUACCACUAGCACUACCAAAUCAUCAACCAAAACAACAACCAUCCCCAAAUCCAAAAAGCCAACCAAACUCUCAUCAGUUGCACCUCCACCCAAGACACAAAAGACCACCACUACCACAAAAUGUGUGCCCAAGCGGAAACCUACUGCUGUACCGACCCCAAAGACCAAGAAAAAUCCAGUCCCUUCAAUACCCUCUCAGAAAUUUGUUUCUGCUCAAGCCAAGGAGAAAUAUGAAGCCAUUAAGAAAAAUAAAUUGCUACCUGGAAAAGGAUUUUUGCCUACUACUGUUGAGGUGCCAGCCUUCAUCAGUGACAUCAUUGAGAAGCAGAAUUGGGAAACCUUCUGUCAUAAACCAGAGCUUGCUAUCAUUCUUUUGGUGCGUGAGCUUUACGCCAACAUGAUGUCCUAUGAGAAUUCUGACGUGGUAGUUAGAGGCAAGGUUGUUUCCUUUUCUAGUGAUGCUAUUAAUUCAAUAUUUGGGCUGGACAACUUUGAGUGUGCUGUUUAUAAUGAUAUGGUAGUGGCCUCUACACUAGAAAAUUUUGACAAGGCACUGUAG